AUGAAAACAACAGGCAUCCAAGCGUUCAUUAUUUGUGUGACACUAGUCUUUAUUGUAGAAGGGCGCGAUGACCAGGACACCGUGGCCAAAAAGAUACUUGAUAAAAUAUCCAGUUUCCUGACCCCAAAGAAAGUAGUGGCGCCCCGUGGACCGGCAGGUCCCGGUGGCCCCUCUGUAAGAGGACCGGCAGGACCAAGGGGAACACCAAGGGGGGCAACAACUACCUACGUGACCCCCAAUCUGGAUUUCCUGUACGUUCUGGACAGCAGCGGUAGUAUUGGAUCUGAGCAUUUUGACAAGGUGAAGAAAGGGGUACAGGCACAAGUGGACGUAAUUGAUCUAAAAUCGAAGAUUUCUCCAUCGGGAACCCACGUUGGACUGAUAGAAUUUUCAUCUCCGACCAAAACUCAUGUGGAGUUUACUCUACGCCAAUAUACUAGUGCAGCGGCCAUCAAAGCAGCAGUCGGGAAAAUCGACUACGACAAUGGCCGUUCCACAGCUACGGCUGAUGCAUUGAGAUUGGCCAAGAAACAUUUGGAUCAAUAUGGAGUGAGGGAAAAUGUAAAAAUACUGUGGCUUGUAACUGACGGUCAGUCAAACAGAGGCGGGAAUCCAAAAAUCCCAGCAGACGAGCUGAAGCGCAACGGAGUAGAAAUUUGCGUUGUUGGCAUAGGGAACAAUAUAAACUGGAAGGAAAUAGAAGACAUUGCAAUGUCCGACUGUCACUUCAACGUUGAGUCGUACGAAGUUUUACUGGGCAUCAACGAGAAAACGCUGGCAAUGGCGAGAGCGGCUGCGGCAGCAAAGGCAAGAGCGAUGGCAAGAGCGGCUGCAGCAGCUAAAGCAAGAGCGUUAGCGAGAGGAAGAGCGUUGGCCAAGGCCAGAGCCGCGAUGGCGCAAGCUAGAGCAAGGGCGAUGGCAGGACGGCACUAGUGUAACUCUACGUGGUGAUAAAUCAAACUGAAGAUAAAUCUUGCAAAUCGUCGGAAUUAAAUUCCACAAAAUGAACUCAGUCUUUUCCUUUUCAUAAUGAUAAAAUUUUUAUCCAGUUGGACUAAAUUCAUUCAAAGGUUAUGUGACAAGAUCAAUGGUUUAGUUUUGUUUUGUCUUGUCCGAUUUCAAUGUACAAUCGUAGACUGACGUUUAAAUAAAUAAAAUUAAAACAUUUAGUUUGAAGAAUAUAAGAGACACUCUUCACGCCAAUAAUAAAGCCAGUUUUUAAACUUUUUUACAA